GCCGGCACCUUCGGCUGCGCGCAGCGGGCCUUCGCGCAGCCCGCGCCCGCCGCUCCCGCCUCGCCCGCGGGGCCCGCCGCGCCCGGCGAGCUGGGCUGGCUGUCCAUGGCCAGCCGCGAGGACCUGAUGAAGAUGGUGCGGCCGCCCUACUCGUACUCGGCGCUCAUCGCCAUGGCCAUCCAGAGCGCGCCCGAGCGCAAGCUCACGCUCAGCCACAUCUACCAGUUCGUGGCCGACAGCUUCCCCUUCUACCAGCGCAGCAAGGCCGGCUGGCAGAACUCCAUCCGCCACAACCUGUCGCUCAACGACUGCUUCAAGAAGGUGCCCCGCGACGAGGACGACCCAGGAAAGGGGAAUUACUGGACCCUCGAUCCAAACUGUGAGAAAAUGUUUGACAACGGGAACUUCCGUCGGAAGCGGAAGCGCCGCUCCGAAGCCAGCAGCUCCUCCGCGGCGGCCCCAGGGACCACAAAAUCGGAAGACGGGCUCUCCUCAGGAUUGGGGUCGGGAGUGGCCGCGAAGCCGGAAGGGGACAGCCCGACGGCUUUGCUAAGGCCGUCCCAGUCCCCAGAGCCUCCCGAGGGCACCAAGAGUACCGCCUCGUCCCCGGGAGGCUCCCUGCUCACCUCCACCCCCUGCCUCAACACCUUCUUCAGCAGCCUCAGCACCUUGAGUGUCAGCGGCAGUGGGGGCACCCAGCGGGCCCUCCCUGGCGGCCGCCACCUGGGGAUCCAGGGGGCCCAGCUGCCCUCCAGCAGCGCCUUCCCCCCCAGCUCGGUCUCGGAAGCCGCGCCGGACACCUUGCCGCUGAGCUCCGGCGCCAGCAGCAGCAGCCAGAGGCCUUCCUACUGCAGCCCUUUCCCUGCCGGCUCCAGCGGGGGGCAAAGCAGCCCCUUCAGCAGCCCUUUCUACAACUUCAGCAUGGUCAACAGCCUCAUCUACCCCCGCGAGGGCUCCGAGGUAUAGGACGCGCCAGCCUCAGCUUCUCAGACUUGAAUAUGCGCACCUGAGAUCUUGUUAAAUGCAGAUUUCCCAGGCAGUAGGUCUUGGGGCAGGAAGGGAGGCUCUGCCUCUCCCUGGAGCCCCGGGUGAUCCCGUGGGCCCACUGGCCACAUCUGGAGGCGCACGGGAGUCGUAGAUGACUCUUUCUACAGCCCAGCAAGCUUUCACAGGUUUCUUCUGGAGAAGGGCCUCCCUGGAGAGAAAGCCACCUCUGUUCUGGGCCAGUACCUGCGAGCCCUGCGAGGGCCUGGACCGCGUCUGUUUUGCUGAUCGCUGUAUAUCAGGGUUACAAGCUCAGAUGUGCCCACGGGGCAGCUAAGAAACAAAAGAAUGAAGUGUCUUGGGUAGGAAAAAAGGUUGCAGUUGGUAACUGCAGCAGUGGGGAGCGGUCGCGUCUGACCAGCUGAAGGCCGCUGUCGGCAGCUAGUUCUUUCCUGCCUGGCAGCAUCUUGAUUUUUCUGGAAAAGUCAGGUGUCUGGAUUUUUUUUUUUUUUAGAAAACCUCCAUUUGCCUUCUUUGCCACCACUUAAAGUUCUUAAAAUACUGUACCAGGAAACACCACAAAUCCUCCGAGCUACAUCCAGCUCACAAGUCACCUCUGCUGAGGCUCCGCUUCUGGGACUCGGUGGAUACUAAUAGCAAUAGAACUGCCCAGGCAAGCUGUGUGCGGAGUGCCGUUUCAGACAGACACUCGACGUGUGAUCGCACAGCAGCCUUGGGAAAUCAGUAUUGUUACUGUCCCUGUGCUCUCUAUAUGAGGCCAGUGCAUCUCCCAAGAUGUCACACACAAGUCCCGAGGAGCCAGGAUCAGGUCCAGGCAGUCUGGCUCCAGAGCUGGUGCUGGUAGAUUUGUUCUGGUCCUGAGAAACAAAAGGUGCCGUUAUCCGUAGGCAGACACAGUGUGCAGGGGGUGGGAAUGAGCUACAUCUCAUUUGACCAAAGAUUGACAUAAAGUGACCAUUUCAGAUGUUCUCCUGAGCAACAAGGACAGACACCUCCCUCUGCCUUCUGCUGCCAUAUGCCCAGGGUGACCAUUGUCCUAGUUAACUUGGUGUCCUGUCCCUUUUAGCGUGUGUCCUAGAUCUUUCAUUUUUUAAAGACAAUAUUAGAAUGUUAUUAAAAAAUAGUUUUAAAAUGGAAUUUUUCUUAUAGUUUCUUAAUAAACCGUCUGUUAAAAUUUUUUAAUAUAAUUUAUUUUUUAGCACUCCCUUUUACUUCUCAAGAGGUACCUGCAUUUGAAUAGUUUUUAUGGUCACCCUCCCAGUGCCCAGCUGAGUGUCUGGUCCUUGGCAGAUCCUUAGCCACCUUUUGAACUCACCCAAAAAGUGCUAAUUAAAAUGUAGAUAAUUGUUGAUUUCAUUGGAACAGCUGAUAAUGUCCUGAGUUGCCUUUGUUCCCUGUUGUUGGAUCUUUGAUAGGAGAGUUGCUGGUUUGGGGAUUUACUUUUUUUUAGAAAAUGGAACGCAAGUAAGUAUAUUGUAAAAAAAAAUUUUUAACUUUUCCCUGUGUAUUCUUUUUUGAGACUCACAGCGUUACUUUUAAAUUUUUAUUUUGAAAUACACAAUACAGAAAACUAUUUUUUAAAGUUUUAUUGAGGUAUAAAUAACAUCACCAUUAUUUUUUAAAUAUUAUGGACGAAGACAACCAAAGAGACUACCUACCCCCCAGAUUGUGUGUACAAAAAAAACGUUUCUGUGGAUAUUUUUCUAUGUGAAAAAUUGUAGGAACUUUUAUAAAUAUUAUUUCUAACACAGUUCUAUAUUUGUAAAUUAAUUUAUAAUGUGAACUGGGACAAAAAAUUUUUUUUUCCCAAGAAAGUACACUGCAUGCUGAGAAUCACAUGAAAUAAACUCUUAAGUGGGAUGAUUUCUGGCCACC